AUGGAGCAUUACGAGGUUCUUGAACAAAUUGGGAAAGGGUCCUUUGGGUCAGCUCUUCUUGUGAGGCAUAAGCAUGAGAAGAAACUGUAUGUUUUGAAGAAAAUCCGGUUGGCUCGGCAGACUGGUAGAACAAGAAGAUCUGCUCAUCAAGAGAUGGAAUUGAUCUCAAAGAUACGAAAUCCAUUUAUUGUGGAAUAUAAAGAUUCUUGGGUUGAAAAGGGCUGCUAUGUGUGCAUUGUCAUAGGCUAUUGCAAAGGCGGUGACAUGGCCGAAGCAAUAAAGAAAGCCAACGGCGUAGAAUUCUCUGAAGAGAAACUCUGCAAGUGGCUGGUACAACUCUUGAUGGCUCUUGAAUACUUGCAUGUCAGUCACAUUCUCCAUCGCGAUGUCAAGUGUUCAAACAUAUUCUUGACAAAGGAUCAAGAUAUACGUCUAGGUGAUUUCGGACUUGCCAAGAUCUUGACAUCAGACGAUCUUGCUUCUUCAGUUGUUGGAACGCCAAGCUACAUGUGCCCUGAGCUUCUUGCUGAUAUUCCAUAUGGGUCAAAGUCUGAUAUUUGGUCGCUGGGAUGUUGUAUGUAUGAGAUGACGGCUCUGAAACCGGCAUUCAAAGCCUUUGACAUGCAAGGGCUGAUCAACAGGAUAAACAGAUCGAUCGUUGCUCCACUUCCUGCGCAAUAUUCUACUGCCUUCCGAAGUCUGGUUAAAAUCAUGCUCAGGAAGAACCCAGAACUCAGACCAAGCGCUUCUGAUCUUCUGAGACAGCCACUGCUUCAGCCCUACGUUCAACAAGUUCUUCUCAAGCUGAGCUACCGGGGACACGAUACAUUGCCUGCUCAAUUACCAGAAUCUGAAUCCACAAGGAGAAGAAGCUAUCCUGAGCAGAGAAGGCGUGCUUCUGGCAAAAGCAAGAGCUUUGGUCCAAGCAGGCUCGGGGUGGACCAGGAAGAUUCUGUUUCUUCUGUUAAACCCGUUCACACAUAUUUGAACCGGCACAGGCCAGUGGAUUUGUCUGCCAAUGACAAUGGUAGAGUGGUUGUUCGUAGACCCGCUGUUUCGAAAAAUUCAGUGGUUUCUAACAGUUCAAAAUAUGUGCCAGUGAGAUCAAACCAGCCUAAGAGGAGUGGUCUGAAACCAGCAGCAGUGAUUCGUAGAGCCUCCUUGCCUGUUUCGCAUAAACCUGCAAUACGAGCAAACGACUCUUUGUACAACCCUAGUAUCGGUAUACUCCAUCAGCUAAAAUCUCCAGAUGUGUCUGUGAACUCGCCAAGAAUUGACAAGAUCAAAUUCCCACUAGCUUCGUAUGAAGAAAUGCCAUUCACUCCCGUUGUGCAUAAGAAGAAAGGAUCGUCCAGAGGAUCAUACAGCCCACCUCCAGAGCCACCACUAGACUGCUCAAUCACAAAAGAUAAAUUCACACUUGAACCAGAACGAGAAAACAAAAGUGAUAUUUCCGACCAGAAUGCGACUGCUGGAGCGUCAAGCAGAGCUUCCUCGGGGGCAUCAAGGAGACAAAGAUUUGAUCCUAGCUCAUAUCGGCAACGGGCUGAGGCACUUGAAGGACUGCUUGAAUUCAGCGCAAGAUUGCUUCUAGACGAGAGGUAUGAUGAGUUGAAUGUGUUACUGAAACCGUUUGGUCCGGGAAAAGUAUCACCCCGAGAAACAGCGAUAUGGUUGUCCAAGAGCUUCAAGGAAACUAGUACUACUAGUAAGCUGGAAGAUUGA